ACACAACAUGCAUCACGUGAAAGGUCUUUCCUACACCUUGUUUGUGGUUAAACAUUUUUAAGCAAUAAAUGAUUUAGUCAUCUGUAAUAUUUGCUUGUCAUAAUUAUUUGUUCUACAAUUCUACUGUUACCUUUUUUGUCUAAUGUAUAAAGUAUAUUUAAAGUACAAAUAAAAAUGUUUGAAAAAAUUCCACUGAGGGAAGCUAUUGCGAAGUUGGAUGUUCCUGCAGUUGUAGCUCUUGGCAAUCCUUUGCUGGAUGCUUUUGUAUUUCUGAAAAACAAGGAUUUACUAAAAAAACAUAAUCUUACAAUAGAUGGAGAAACUGAACUUACAGAAGAUAAAAUGCAGGAAUUAAUGGCAGACUUACAACUAGAAUCAGAACCUACAAUUAGUGCAGGAGGAUCAGCACAAAACACAAUGAGAAUUUUAGAAUGGCUUUGCGAUGAAACUUUUAAAAAGCGGUAUUGUAUUUAUUCUGGAGGACUUGGAAAUGAUUCAAAGGGAACAACAUUGAAGAACUUAGUGAGAUCAGCAGGUGUGGAUGCAAGAUAUGCAAUUCAUUCAACUUUACCUACUGGACAGUGUAUAGCACUGAUAAAUGAAUCAUCUCGUAGCCUUGUUGCAAAUAUAGGUGCUGCUGGUGUAUAUACUACAGAUGACUUGAAAAGAUGCAAUCUGUCGUUAGAUAAAAUAAAAAUAAUUUAUAUUGAAGGAUUUUUUAUAACUCACAGUUUUUCUGUAGCAAAAGAACUUGUUACACAGGCACAACGAAGGAAUAUAAUUGUAGCUUUUAACCUGAGUGGAGUAUAUAUAUUUAAUGAUCAUCAUGUAGCAAUAUGUGAAAUGGUUGGACAUGCAAACAUUGUGUUUGGAAAUUCAAGAGAAAUGGAAGCUUUGGCUCAAGCAUUAAACAUUACAUACGACGAUGUAGCUGACAUACCAUUUUUACUAAAUAGUCUUAAAAGAAUAGCAGUUAAUGUUUACAGUGAGUAUACAAAUUGGUGGUCUCGCGGUGGAGUAUUUGUUAUGACCCAAGGCGGAUCUGCACCAGCAAUUGCUGUUUAUGGGAAAGGUUAUUCAGUUCAAGUACAACCAUUUAAACCGAAAACUCCAGUUGUAGAUACAACAGGUGCUGGUGAUUCUUUAGUAGCUGGUUUUUUAGCAGGUGUUUUAGCUGGCUGGGAACCAAAAGAUUGUUUGGAAUAUGGUUGCAAAGUAGCAUCCUUUAUGGUAACAAGACUUGGAGUCAUAUUACCAACAAAUGUUCCACCAGAUUUAUUACAAUAAUGUUAAUGACUUAAUAUUUAGAUAUAGUUUGUUAUUAUCUGUUACUUAUUUGCCUCGUGUAAAAUUCUAUGAGUAAUUUUUACUCAGAGUUUUAUUAAAAAAAAGAAAAACUUAUUGUGAUAAUAGAAAUGUAUUUAUGUUUAUAUAUAGUUAUAUGAUAGUUCUAUGUCAAUGUUACAGAGAAAUUUUUAGUUUAUUUGACGUUAUAUAAAUGUUCUAUUUGUAAAAUCUAUUAGUGAUUACUGUUUUUCUGAUAUGAAUGAUGUUACGUAUUUAUCUUAUAGAAUUUAUAUAUUAGUAAAUGGACAUAAGUAACAUGGUGCUAAUGAAGUUCUGUUUUCAAAAUUUUUUAAUAAUUCAGUUAUUCAAUGAAGCUUUAAUAAAAUAGGAAAAAUAUCAAACAUAAAAUUUUGUUUGAAUAUUCUACUUUAUUAUAUGUGUAGAUCAGUUCAGUUUUAACCUUAGAAAGAUAUGGAUCUUGAUGUUAAGUUAUCUGUUAUCAAUUUUUAAAUUGAUGAAUAAAAGAUGUUAUGCAUAUAAGAUUAACACUGUUGGUAUAUAAAAAUUGUACAAAUGUAUUUUUGAAUAUAGAAUACAUAUUACUUUGGAAAUUA